CACAAACAAAAAGUGCGUUCUGAAAAAAAAAAUGAAAAAGAAAAACAGUAUGUCUUAAACCCUAACUCUGAAUCUGAAGCCGAAGCUGCAAAAUCUCACACUCUUCCUACCACUACCACUACCACCAUGUCUUUCAUUUCCAACAACUCCAAGCUUCUCCGAUGGCGACCAACUCUUCAUCCCGUUUUUCUCUCUUCCCGUUUCUCCACUUCAACCGCCGAACCUCUCUCCGAACCAGACCUCCCUCUCCUCCAUUCCCUUCUCGAUCCUCCACCUCGCGUCCAUUCCAUAUCCCGUUCCCAUUCCCGUUCCCAACCCACCCUAUCCAACCCUGAACUCACUGUCAUCCGCAUGAUCACAAACCGCGCCUGGACAACUCGCCUCCAAAACUCAAUCCGUUCCGUCGUCCCCAAAUUCGAUUCCUCAAUUGUCUACAAUAUUCUUCACGCCAUCACAAACCCCGAUCAAGCCCUAAAAUUCUACCGUUGGAUCGAACGUUCCAACCUCUUCACUCAUGACACAAACACCACUCUCAAAAUGCUUCAUAUCCUUACUCGCUACUCCAAACUCAACCACGCUCGUUGUAUUCUCCUUGACCUACCUAAAAAAAAUCUACCUUAUGAUGAAGAUAUGUUUGUUGCUUUGAUUGAAGGUUACGGUCGCGCUGGUAUCGUUCAAGAAGCUGUUAAGAUCUUUCAGAAAUUGGAUCAGAAAAGUAUUAAAUCUUAUGAUGCUUUGUUUAAGGUGAUUUUGAGGAGAGGAAGGUAUAUGAUGGCAAAAAGGUAUUAUAAUGCUAUGUUGAGAGAAGGUAUUGAACCUACUAGACAUACUUAUAAUAUUCUUCUUUGGGGUAUGUUUUUGUCUUUGAGAUUAGAUACUGCUAUUAGAUUUUAUGAAGAUAUGAAAAGUAGGGGUAUUGUGCCUGAUGUUGUGACUUAUAAUACUUUGAUUAAUGGUUAUUUUCGCUUUAAGAAGUUUGAUGAGGCUGAGAAUUUGUUUGCUGAAAUGAAAGAAAGGAAUAUUGUGCCUAAUGUUAUUAGUUAUACUACUAUGUUGAAGGGAUGUAUUGAUGUUGGGAAGGUUGAUAGGGCCAUCGAGUUUUUUGAGGAGAUGAAGAGUUGUGGUAUUAAGCCGAAUGCUGUUACGUUUACUACGUUGUUGCCUGGGUUGUGUGAUGGGGAUAAAAUGGUGGAGGCUGGUAAGGUUUUGGGGGAGAUGGUGGAGAGUUAUGUUGCUCCGAAGGAUAAUUCUGUUUUCAUGAAACUGAUGAAUUGUCAGUGUAAAGCUGGUAACUUGGAUGCUGCGGCAGAUGUGUUGAAGGCGAUGAUACGGUUGAGUAUUCCUACGGAGGCAGGUCAUUAUGGUGUCUUGAUUGAGAAUUUCUGUAAGGUUAAUGGGUAUGAUAGGGCGGAGAAACUGUUGGACAAGUUGAUUGAGAAGGAGAUUGUUUUGAGGCCGGAGAAUUCCUUUGAAAUUGAACCUAGUGCUUAUAACCCGAUGAUUGAGUAUCUGUGUGACAAUGGGCGGACAGGGAAAGCGGAAACAUUUUUCCGGCAGUUGAUGAAAAAGGGUGUCUUGGACUCAGUUGCUUUUAAUAAUUUGAUCCGGGGACACUCGAAGGAAGGCAACCCCGAUUCUGCACUUGAGAUUGCAAAGAUCAUGAGUAGGAGAGAGGUUCCUAGAGACGAAGAUUCCUAUAAAUUGCUUGUUGAGAGUUACUUGAGAAAAGGAGAACCUGCUGAUGCCAAAACAGCUUUUGACCACAUGCUUGAAGGCGGGCAUCAACCUGAUUCGUCUCUUUACAGGUCGGUUAUGGAGAGUUUGUUUGAAGAUGGCAGGGUUCAAACUGCAAGCAGAGUAAUGAAAAGUAUGGUGGAGAAGGGGGUGAAGGAGAAUAUGGACUUGGUUUCGAAGAUAUUGGAGGCCCUUCUCAUGAGGGGUCAUGUUGAAGAAGCUUUGGGAAGAAUUGCUUUGCUUAUGCAAAAUGGGUUUGAGCCUGAUUUUGACCACCUUUUAUCUAUUCUCUGCGAGAAAGAAAAGACGAUUGCUGCUCUAAGAUUGCUAGAUUUUGUUCUUGAGAAAGACAUUAUCAUAAACUUUUCAAUCUACGAUAAGGUUUUAGAUGCUCUCUUUGCAGCGGGGAAGACCCUCAAUGCAUAUUCCAUCUUAUGUAAAAUUUUGGAGAAAAGAGGCGCAACGGAUUGGAGCAGCCGCGAUGAGCUGAUCAAGAGCCUUAAUCAGGAUGGGAACACAAAGCAAGCAGAUAUCUUGUCGAGAAUGAUCAAAGAAAAAGUGGAAAGUCCUCCAAAGAGAGAUGGAAAGAAGAAAGCAAGUAGAGCUACAUAAUUUGUUCUCUCUUCAUUUUCUUCUCGAGUUUUAGAGUUUUGCUAUGGUAUUGUGGUGGCUGCCCUUAAGAUGUUGAGCACCGUUGCUGCUGGAUUAGCUAUUGAUGUCUGGGGGCCCAUCAGUGACGAUGCAGGAGGAUUUGCUGAGUGAACUGAUGCCCUUGAUGCUGCUGACAACACUACUGCCGCCCAUCUGAUUAUCAUGAAAUAUUAACCUAAGUUGCCCCUUAUUAUACUUUUUAUAAUGUAGUACUAAAGAGUUACUACUAAAUUUAAUUUAGGGUGAGUUUGAUUUAACAGAGAAUAAAAUUAAUUUUGAAUGAA